CGGUCAUAGAUCACCUCUUUCUCUUCCUCUUGGUAGAAGGUACGCGAAGCUCAUUUAUGAUUCUUUAAAAGCCUCGUAUCAGUUCUAAGUGAGCUCUAUCAAAAGAGAGGAGUCCAUCUUCCCGCUUGGAAGCACUUUAGUUAAAAUGGAGUCUACACUGAAGCUCUUGUUUGCUGUUUUCUCAGCAGCAGCAAUCCUCUUGUUCACAAAUGUUUCUUCAGCUCCAAUUAAAGAGAUGAAGCCAGUUUACACGUUUGGCAGUAACACUACCUCUCUCCCAAUCAUCGUUUCAAUGGUCUGUAUGGUAAACCAAUCCAUUGAUCAGGUUGAACUGAGAUGGAUUCAUGACGGAAUUACGUACUCAUCCACUGAGAAUAAUUCUAGCGGACGUUUAUCCAUUCUCAACACUACAUCCAGCAAUGACACCAGUUUCACAACGACACUGACCAUCCUACCAGCAAUGUACACAGACAAUGGUACUUACUAUUGUCAAGUGAGGGACAAAGGUAACUCAUCUUCUAAUUGGACGUCAGCCAGGACUAAUCUCCAUCUGUUAGUGCAUCUCAACACUGUUCAUCCAACCGUUAAUGCUACUACUAGUUCACCAGCUGCAGAACUUUCUUGUGACAUGGCCGGCUAUGUACCACCGCAGUCCUCUUUACACUGGUACCGUAACGGCACCCGAUUGACUAACACUGGUCGAUACUCUAUAGUGUACAGGGAUGGGUGGAGGAGGGCUCAGAAAGAGAGUAAGGACGGAACCAGUAGCAGUGUCCUUGGAGUCCUGGUCAUAUCAUCUCCCACAGUACAGGACUCAGGGCAGUACCAGUGUAGGAUUGAAGGAUACUGUCACUUGACAAGAUCAGUUCAACUAACAGUUAAAAACGAUACUGCCAAUAAUGGAGGGAGCAAUAGUUCAGGAGGUGACAACAAUCAAUUACUAACAAUCAUAAUAGCAGCUGUCGCUGGGUUCCUCGGGCUAAUUGUUAUAAUAUUAAUUAUAAUAAUAAUUGCCGUGGCCUGUCAUCGCUGUAGAAGGACUGAUGUGUUUGUACAACCAACUGGAGGAGCUACAGUAACCUACCUACCAGCAGCUGUGGAUAAUAAUGAACCAGAGGUUAAGAUAGAGGAUCCACCCCCUCCAGUCCCAAUGAGGACUCACUCUCAGAGUGGCAGUUACACUAAAAGUGGUCGAUCCGCCGAACUGCCUGACCUACUCCAGCGAUCACAGACUCACCAGUUACCAUCGUCCACGGUACAGUACGACGUACCAACCACUGGAGCCCCUGAGGGUAACCCACGGGUUAUACCCCCGGAGAGAGGAGGAGGGGGCCCCCCUCCUGUGACUGCUCGUAAACCAAAACGAAAGACAUAUUAUGAUUCCGUGAAUAUGCUCCAGUCAGUGGCAGCUGCUUCCAAUGGACUACCAGGAGCCAGUGGAAUCAGUGUUCAGUCUGUACCAUCACCUCACGAUGUACUGAGUGGCUCAUUACAGAGACAGGAUGCUCAGAAUCCUCCUGAUCUCCACCCGAUAUACCAAGAUGGAUUCACCGAGGAAGACCUCGCCCCUUAUAAUGUUGUCGAUAAUGAUUAUGAUCAGAUAUACUCGGAGCCAAUAGAACCAGCUACAAUGCUUAGUAUCUCAGAGAGAGAGGCCCAUGACGAGGGUCUCCCCUACAGUGCUAUUUACGAUGAUCCAAAGCCACUGGCAGCAGCUGAGUCCCUCCUUCAGGUGACCAGUGAUAAUGUCAUUGAAAUACGUAAACUCGGAAACGGUCAGUUUGGUCAAGUUAUACUAGCACGUACAAGACACUUGAGUCUUGUGGAUAUGAAACUAAGUGAAACCCUAACAGAUAGGUCCCAGUCUAUUCUAGUCGCCAUUAAGAAACUGAAGACCAACGCUGAGACCGGGCUGUUAGAAGCUUUUGAUAAGGAAGUGAAGUUCAUGUCUCGACUGAAUCACGACAACGUGGUCCGACUGUUGGCAGUUUGCACUGUAGGGGAACACUUCAUAAUGAUGGAGUAUAUGGAGAAUGGAGACUUGAACCAGUUCCUGCAGAAGCACACUCUGGUACCUGAUACUGUGACAGGGCUAGGUGACUGGGAGAUCACUCCGAUCAUACUACUCUACAUUGGGGUUCAGAUAUCAAGUGGAAUGCACUACCUGGGCUCCAGGAGGUUUGUUCAUCGGGAUCUAGCCACUCGGAACUGUCUAGUCGGAAAGGACUUUAUUGUCAAGAUAUCCGACUUUGGGAUGAGCCGUAGAUUAUAUGAGUCGGCGUAUUACCGGGUCCAGGGUACCCUAGUGCUUCCUAUCCGGUGGAUGGCUUGCGAGACUUUCUAUGGAAAGUUUUCAGUUAAAUCGGACACGUGGGCCUUUGGGGUAACACUGUGGGAGGUUUACACUCUUGCUAUGUGUGAUCCUUAUGAUGAGAUGUCAGACGAGGAGGUGAUACAAGAUGCCAUUAGGGGGCCAAACAGGAAGCUCCUCCCUAAACCGGAGGCAUGUCCGAGAGAGGUUUAUGAUGUGAUGUUGAGGUGUUGGGUACAUGACCCCGCAAUGAGGGCCGACUUUGGGGAGAUCUAUUCGCGUUUGUAUAUGACAUACACUAGUCAGGCUGUGUAGACUGGAGCUACUCUUGCUAAUUAUUAUUAUUAUUAUUAUUAUUAUUAUUAUUAUUAUUAUUAUUAUUAUUAUUAUUACUUUUUAUUUCUUUUGGCGGGUCGGUGAGCGGCUGGCUGUAAUUAUUAUUUGUUUGUUUUUUAUUUUAUAAUUAUUUUGUGAUAAAGAGAAGCAAACUUAAAAACAAGAUCACGUAUAAUUU